UGCGCGUUGCUCGUCUCUUGCACACUGACGUCACCAGAGUUUGGGGAGAAACAUCCGUGAAGACUCGGAGUGGUGGGAGCUGAGAACUACGCCUGCAGAGGGAUAUUUCUCCGUGUGAGGAAGAACAAAGUCUAACUUUGCUUCGCUGAGUUUGGAAGGAAGCUGAUCUCUAACUGCUCAGUAACUGUUAAAGGAACAUCUGAGGAGAAGCUAACAGAGAUGUGGAGGCAGCAGUUCAAACGGUGGCAGAGUGCAGCAGUGGGAGACAUUUCCCAAACCGCUAAAAAAGAGGAAGGAUUUCAGCGGCUCCACAACACCUUGGAGGCUGGUUUCAACCCCAAAGUUCUGCUGCACAGAUUAGAUGUUAAGCAGAUGCUGAUGGUUAAAGAAAAAGCUGCUGUAAACCACAGAGUUUGUGCUGACCUACAUGACCCAAAGCCCCUCCACAUAAAGAAGGAACAGGAGGAAGUCUGCACCAGUCUGGAGGAAGAGCAGCUUAAUGGGGAGGAGAUUGAUGCCAUCAGCUUUCCAGUCACUGCUAUUCCAGUAAAGAGUGUGGAUGAUAAACAGUCCCCUCUGCUGUUACAGCUUCAUCAAGACCAAAUUAGAGGCAGAGAGCUUGAAGAGGAGAACUAUGGAGAAGAAUCCAUCUGGAUACGAGAUCACGAAGAUUGUUGCAUUUCCUCAGAGGUUAAAGUCACUGAGAAGGAAGAAGAGGAUGAUGAAUCUGGACUGAAAACUAAGGACAUGGACAAUGACUGGAAGGAGAGCAGAUAUCCUGAGUUAGAUGGAAACAUUGUUAACAAACCUUUUAGCUCCUCUGACUUUGCUGGACAGCAUGUUCACAGUCACUCUAUUCAGAAACACAUGACAGAUUUAGAAAAAGGUUCUUCAAGCUCUUUGGAUAAUAAAUGUUUUACGGAGAAUAAAAGGGUGGGCUCAAUAAAGAAAGUCCAGGCUGGAGUGAAGUUGAGCUGUAAAGAGUGUAGUAAAAUAUGUAAUGGAAAAUAUGCUUUAAACACACACAUGAGAGUCCACACAGGAGAGAAACCUUUCUGUUGUGAUCUUUGUGGACAUAGAUUUACCCGAAGAGGAAAUUUAAACACACACAUGAGAGUCCACACAGGGCAGAAACCUUUCUGUUGUGAUCUUUGUGGACAUAAAUUUACCCAUAAAGCCAAUUUAAACACACACAUGAGAAUACACACGGGACAGAAACCUUUCUGUUGUGAUCUUUGUGGACAUAGAUUUGCCCAUGAAGCCAGUUUAAACGCACACAUGAGAAUACACACGGGACAGAAACCUUUCUGUUGUGAUCUAUGUGGACAUAGAUUUACCCAAAGAGGAAAUUUAAACACACACUUGAGAAUACACACGAGACAGAAACCUUUCUGUUGUGAAGUUUGUGGAAAAAGAUUUACGAGAAAAGACUAUUUGAAUACACACAUGAAAAUCCACACUGGUCAGAAACCUUUCUGUUGUGUUUGUGGACAGAGAUGUACCCAAAAAGAUCAUUUGAACAAACACAUGAGAGUGCACACAAGAGAGAAACCUUUCUGUUGUGAAGUUUGUGGACAUAAGUUUACCAAUGAAGCCAGUUUAAAUACACACAUGAGAAUCCACACGGGUCAGAAACCUUUCUGUUGUGAAGUUUGUGGACAAAGAUUUACGAGAAAAGACAAUUUGAAUACACACAUGAGAAUCCACACUGGUCAGAAACCUUUCUGUUGUGUUGUUUGUGGACAGAGAUUUACCCAAAAAGAUCAUUUGAACAAACACAUGAGAGUGCACACAAGAGAGAAACCUUUCUGUUGUGAAGUUUGUGGACAUAAAUUUACCAAUGAAGCCAGUUUAAAUACACACAUGAGAGUACACACCGCAGGUAAUCUAUUAAUUCUAGUGGCUAAUCUAUGAAUAAUAAAACUGCAGUUUGCUUUGAUAUAUAUGUGCAUUUACGUUAAAGGCAACAGUCUUCAAUCGUUGGUUUCAGGAUUUCUGUUGUGGCUGAUUUUUGUAUUUUAAUCUUUAAAAAAUGUUAAGUUGCGGAUUAGUUGUAUAACUGGUAGUUUCUUUUCCACUCGUGUCUGUCCACUGUAUUUAAUCUAUUGUCCACUGUAUUUAAUCUAUUGUUCAGAUUGAGUUUUAUCACAGGUGUGUUUUCUGUACAUGUGAACGCUUUGGUUUCUAAUACACAAUCAGAGGACCUUGGAGUCAUUGAGUCGACCAUAAACUCCUCCAAAUACCAGAGUAUCUUUGAGUCAAGAUAAAGUCAGCUGUAGCUUGGACCAAAGUGGGUUAUCAACAGAACUAUGAUCCCAGACACAAGCAAAUCUACAAUAGAUCAGCUAAAGAAAACAAUCAAGUCGCUGCAAUGGCCUAGUUAAAACCCAGACCAAAUCAGAUUGAAAUACUAAGAUCUCACCAGAGUUGUGCAGAAGUAAAUUUUUUUGAACCUCAAUGAAAUGAAAUAGAGUAAUGAGGGCCAAGAUAAUUUCUUUGUUUGUGUGUGUGCUUUUAGUCCUCUCAUCCCUGAGUCGGUCACAGCAGAUGGGUAUUCAUGCAGACCUGGGUUUUGUUGAGAGUUUCCUCCUGCUCUCUCCACAUGUUUGCUCUGUAUGAGAAUUUCAUCAAAGUCAAUGCCUUUAUGAAGCUGGCUGAGCUUCCUUAAAAGGAGAACUGUUUACCAAUUGCAAUAAUAUCCUGAAUUUUAUUUGUCUUACAACUAGGUUUGAAUCAUUUUGUGUGUAAUUGACUUAAGUCUGUGUUUUUGUCACUGGUUUCAAAAAGGUUUUAUGUAAUUUUAUGUAAGAUCAAUAAAAAAAUCUUAUUUUAACAGAA